AUGAUAAGAAUGAGCAAUUUUACUUAUCCAGAAGUCUUCAUCCUCCUUGGCUUCUCUGCAAGACCCUUCUUGGAACCUGUCCUUUUCAUGCUUGUCUCAAUUUUUUAUGUGGUGUCUGUUGUGGGGAAUAGCAUCAUUAUUCUGGUCUCAUGCAUGGAUGUGCGUCUCCACACUCCCAUGUACUUCUUUCUCACUAACCUCUCCUUCCUGGACAUUAGUUUCACUAUGAGUAUUGUUCCACAACUCCUGGUCAACCUGUGGGGACCACAGAAAACAAUAAGCUAUGGAGGGUGUAUGGUUCAAUUCUAUAUCUCCCAUUGGCUGGGGGCAACAGAGUGUGUUUUGCUGGCAGUUAUGUCUUAUGAUCGUUACGUUGCCAUCUGUAGGCCACUCCACUAUGCUGUUACCAUGCAACCACAGCUUUGCAUGGGUCUGGCCUUAACUUCAUGGCUUGGAGGUCUGAUCAUUAGCGUGGUGGGCUCCACACUCACUAUGCUGCUACCCCUGUGUGGGAACAAUCAUAUCGACCAUUUCUUUUGUGAGAUGCCCCUCAUUAUGCAGCUAGCUUGUGUGGACACCAGUCUCAAUGAGAUGGAGAUGUAUCUGGCCAGUUUUAUUGUUGUUGUCUUGCCUCUGGGUCUCAUCCUUGUCUCAUAUGGCUACAUUGCUCAAGCUGUGUUGAAGAUCAGGUCAGCAAAAGGGCGAAGGAAGGCAUUCAACACCUGUUCUUCUCACAUGGCAGUCGUAUCCCUGUUUUAUGGGAGCAUCAUCUUCAUGUACCUCCAGCCAGCCAAAAGCAACUCUCAUGAGCAAGGAAAAUUUAUAGCUCUCUUCUACACCAUAGUAACCCCAAUGCUGAGCCCAUUGAUUUAUACACUGAGGAACAAGGAUGUAAAGAAAGCCCUUAGUAAUAUUUUGUUAGAGAACUGCUGUGGUUUUGCAAGAAAAUGA